CUCUCCUCCGCGGUCCCGGGCUCUAGCUCCCAAAUCCAGCUCUCUGGACUCCGGAGUGUCCAGGGUUGCUUCUCAUCAGGUUCCCACUCGACUCACACUCAAGCAAUCCCUGGUUCCCUUCUUCAUGGCAUCGCUCUUGUGCUGUGGGCCCAAGCUGGCCGCCUGCGGCAUCGUCCUCAGCGCCUGGGGAGUGAUCAUGUUGAUAAUGCUUGGAAUAUUUUUCAACGUCCAUUCCGCUGUGUUAAUUGAGGACGUUCCCGUCACGGAGAAAGAUUUUGAGAAUGGCCCUCAGAAAAUUUACAACCUUUACGAGCAAGUCAGCUACAACUGUUUCAUCGCCGCGGGCCUCUACCUCCUCCUCGGAGGCUUCUCUUUCUGCCAAGUUCGGCUCAAUAAGCGCAAGGAAUACAUGGUGCGCUAGAGGACRGUCCAAUUUCCCCUCCCCAGUUCCCUCUAUUUAAAGACUCCCUAUCCCAGGUCUCCUCCCACCCGUUCUGGUAUCCUCUGGAAAACUGGGUCCCCCUGGCGAGAGUCUGCAGCCCCGGUUCUCCAAGCUCUGGCGUCCAGCCCCUCGGCUUGACCAUAUCACAAUAAAGAGAAACUGCUCUCUUAA